GAUCCCUUUCCCCUGACAGGGACCAGCCAGAGCAGCCUACAGCUGAUAGCUUUGGGUACUGAGAAGCCACCUCAACCCUCAUCCUGGGGAGAAGAAAAAUACCAUGGGGACUGGAAUGAGCAAGGUUGUCAAAGGCCUCUAUCUUGGGAAUAUCCGUGACUCUGAGGACCGGGAGAACCUGCUCAAGAAUGGGGUGACUCACAUCCUCUCUGUCCACAACAGUGCCAAGCCAGUGCUGGAGGACAUGACCUAUCUCUGUAUCUCAGCCUCAGAUUCAUCAAGCCAAAACCUGCUGCAGCAUUUUAAGGAGUGCAUCAAGUUCAUCCACGAGUGUCGGCUCGGUGGGGGAGGCUGCCUCGUCCAUUGCCUGGCUGGGGUCUCACGCAGCACCACCAUCCUGGUGGCUUACCUCAUGACGGUGACAGAGCUCAGCUGGGAGAGCUGCCUGGCUGCCACCAAGGCUGUGCGCUCCUACAUCAGCCCCAACUUUGGCUUCCAGCAGCAGCUGCAGGAGUAUGAGGUGACCUUGCUGCAGGAGUACCGCGCCUGGAUCCGCCGUGACUAUGGCAGGAACCCAUUCAAGGACCAGGAGGAGCUGCAGUGCUUGCUGGCUGGACAGGAGCAGAGGCAGAAGGAGCAGCAGCUGGGGAGCAGGGAUUGGUCCUGGCACCACUCCCCAGCUCCCACCUACCCACUCCCCUACCACGCAGGUGGCACCGCCAGAAGCAGAUGGAUGAACAGAUAAGCAGCUGCCUUCUCGCAGGCAGCCGUUGGCCCUGGGGCUUGGAAAGCUCAAUCUUCCCUUUGCCAACUGCCCCUGGGGGGGUCAUGUUUAGGGCAGCAAACUGCCAGUGCCAGCCUCGGCUGGGAGCUUGAGGGUUGGGACAGGGGGAUGAGGGCUUGCAGACCCUCCUCUUGGCUGCUAGCUCUCUGUGUAUCUCUGGGUGAGAUGGUUA